UGCAUUUUACUUGUGUAUGAUUAUUGUGGUAUUGUUUAUAAAUACUAUAAUAUAAAACGAUACUUUAAAUACAUAAUAACGAUUGUUUAUUUUAAAAAGACAUCAAAUAUGAAGCUGACGCAAUAGACAAUUUUAUUGUUAUACUUUAAGAAAUACUUUUAAAUGUGUUGAAUAAUGGACAUACACAAAUAUUUAGUCAGUUGCACGAUGGCAUCGCGAACAGAUUCCCGGGCCGGCCAGUCAGUACAGAACAUGAUAACAUGUGUUGAGGAAGUGCUGCGUCUAGCUGGACCUGCCAAAGACCAAUUAAAAGGACUGCAGCCGUACAUUAGUCAGCUAUUAAGUCAGCAGAGCGAUGAAAGGAAACAUAAUUAUGACGCAUUAUUGGCUGAAAAUGCACAACUCAAAAACGAUCUGCUGGCAUUGAAAUCAAGUCAACUAACCAUCUGCAGUGACGGUAGGUCAAUAGAAAUGGUGUUAGCUGAAAUGCAACAAACAAUAAUGCGGGGUAAAGACGAGAUACUUCGAAUAAAUGCAGUCCGUCUCCAAGCUAUCCAGGAGGAGCAUAUCCAAAUGCAAACACAACUGGAAGAGAUGAGGAGUACGAAUGCAACGCUGAAUUGCCAAAUUAAAUCUUUAAAAAACGAGAGAGACGAGCUAGAAAAAUCUUUCUCCGACCAGCACGAUCGUAACAGUAGUUUGGAAGCGGGAUGCAGCCAAAUUCAAACUCAGCUGCAAUACAUGACAAGCCUGAAUGAAACCUUAAGCAGCCAACUGCAGUCUUUGCAGAAAGAAAGCGAUUUUUCCAGGAAGCACGAAGCAGAACGUCAAAUAUUGCACUUCGAGUUGGAAAAGAUUAAAAAGGACUAUGAGCAACAAUCCAAACAACUACACGAAGUAUUAAAAGAAAGGGAAACACUGAAGGAACUCGUGGCAAGCCAGCACGAUCGUAACAGUAGUUUGGAAGCGGGAUGCAGCCAAAUUCAAACUCAGCUGCAAUACAUGACAAGCCUGAAUGAAACCUUAAGCAGCCAACUGCAGUCUUUGCAGAAAGAAAGCGAUUUUUCCAGGAAGCACGAAGCAGAACGUCAAAUAUUGCACUCCGAGUUGGAAAAGAUUAAAAAGGACUAUGAGCAACAAUCCAAACAACUACACGAAGUAUUAAAAGAAAGGGAAACACUGAAGGAACUCGUGGCAAGCCAGAAACGACAGUUAAACACAAGGAUUCGGCACUCAAAUGAAGAAUUCGAUGCUGUCGUUGAGAAAAACGAACAACUUCAGAGAGACCUUUUGGCAUCUCAGUCGCGUCAUCUACCGGCUCACCAAGAGCUUACAUUUACUGACGAGUGCAAUCCUGAGCAUAUUGCUGAUUUGUACAAGAACUUGUACAAAAACUUCUGGCCGGAUGCUUUUAUUGAAGGAACAAAAUUCUCACGCCUCAAGACCGACUACAGUGUUAGCCGACUAAUUCUGAAUGUUUAUAACGCCGUUUACCUAUUUUGUAAAGACGAAUGUGCUCGCCAACGUGUUAGUUUAGAAAAGGCGUUAUCACUAGAUUCGGAAAAUAAGCUUCUGCCAGAAUAUAAACAACUCAUUACGCUAGUAAGAUGCAAAACUACACAAGUUGCUGUGGAUACAGUCUUUACGUUAUUUCAGAAUUCGAACGCAUCAAUCGAAGUCAAACAGUUUGCCGAGAAGAUUCAACCCUUCGUCCAAGAGAGUAUUCGAAUAUGUUGGCUCAUGAACUUGCAUGACCCACCGCUUACUUGUACCCAGACAGUAUGGGCACAUGGUACUGCGUUCGACGGUAAUAUGUAUGAAUGUUAUAAGUGUGUAGGCGAUAAAAUAGAUUUUAUCGUUUGGCCCGCACUUUUAAUGUCGGAAAAUCGCCAAAUUCUCGCGAAAGGUAUUGUUGAAUGUUUUUAGAAAGUUCAUCCAAUAAAUGCAUGCAUUUUUUUCAACGUGAGGAGGACUUCUGUUUGCAAAAAAAACAAAACUCAAACUAACGCGUAUUCAAGUUAGUAUAUAAUGUUGAUUAUCCUUUAGGUCUUCUAUAAACAUAGUAAUGUAAUAGUGAUUGAAGAUCUCCAAUAAGUUAAAAAGCGACGCUUUUAAAUAGUAUCAUUUAAAGAAAAAAAACUGAGAUGGACAAGAAAGCAAACCGCUAAAUAAGAAUCGUACUGAAGGAUAUCAUUAUUUUGUAUGUGCAUAAAAUGACCACUUCAAUUUAUAUUCGCCCUUUAAAGAGGCCGUCCAACAGAUUGGUAAAUUGACAAAAUAAAAAAAGUUGUUUUAGAAUAUGCAUCUUUUGACGAUUUGAAAACCUGAAAAUUAUAAAGCGUCGAAACGCGAAACGAUUGAAUAAUUUGGAAUGUUCUGUUGUUGUAGUUAUAUUUUGGGAAACUACAAGGAUUGCUUAUAUAGGUAAAAAAUACUUCCGCUCUAAGCAUGAGCAUGGAUAGUCGAGUGGUCAAGGCGGGAGACUUUUUACACCAGUACUUCAGGGGUCAGUGGUUCGAGCCCUGUUGAGGGUUACAUUUUUCCUUUUUUUAAAUUGUAUUCUUGUUUUGUUUUUACUGGAGAUUUUUAGGUCAAAUGUUUAAAUUUAUCAAUAUAAAGCAUUUAAUGCCAUGCUUCAAUACAUGCUAAAAUAUAUUGGACGGCCCCUUUAAUAACUGCGAUUCUAUAUCUUCUGUAUGGCAUUAUGGAUGUGCUUGUAUGAUCACGGCGUGUUUAAAUACAAAUUCGUUUUGCUAUGUCGUAUUUUGUUGGCAAUUGACGGGCACGCUUUUAGUUUGUCAGCAUCAUUUUUUGCUAAUUAUAAACGUAAAUUAUAUACGUUAUAUCGAUUGAUUUUUUUUAUUGAAUAUGAUUUUAUUGUUCCGUCAUAUUUUAAGCCGAAAGUUAGUAGUAUUAUACUAUACAUGUUCAUUUAACCAAAUACACAAAACCGUUGUAGGAAAAUAUUUCAAUUUGAUUUGUCUAUACAUAUAUCGCUGAGGUGUUGAAGUGAUGAGGGAAUACAAUUAAGAUAUAAGG